UUGCCUACCAGUGUUACACGACUCUCUUACGGAGACCACCUUGACGGACACUGUGAGAGGUUUCACCUAGACUGUCACCACAGUUCAAACAGACAAACUUUUUUCUACUUUUAUAUUUCAAAGAACAAUCAGAGAGCAAAAUGCGUGAGUGUAUCUCCAUCCACGUGGGCCAGGCUGGUGUCCAGAUGGGUAACACCUGCUGGGAGCUGUACUGCCUGGAGCACGGCAUCCAGCCGGACGGCACCAUGCCCGCCCGCGUCUCGGGCGGCGGCGGACACGACGACUCCUUCACCACCUUCUUCAGCGAGACCGGCUCCGGCAAGUACGUGCCCCGCGCCAUCUUUGUGGACCUCGAGCCCACAGUCAUCGAUGAGGUGAGGACGGGCACCUAUCGCCAACUCUUCCACCCUGAACAGCUCAUCUCGGGCAAGGAGGAUGCUGCCAACAACUACGCCCGCGGGCACUACACCAUCGGUAAAGAGGUCAUCGACCAGGUGCUCGACCGCAUCCGCAAACUGACUGACUGCUGCACAGGCCUCCAAGGCUUCCUGGUCUUCCACAGCUUCGGUGGAGGCACCGGCUCUGGUUUCACCUCCCUGCUGAUGGAGCGCCUGUCGGUAGACUACGGCAAGAAGUCCAAGCUGGAGUUUGCCAUCUACCCCGCACCUCAAGUGUCCACCGCAGUGGUGGAGCCGUACAACUCCAUCCUGACCACCCACACCACCCUGGAGCACUCCGACUGUGCCUUCAUGGUCGACAACGAAGCCAUCUAUGACAUCUGCAGAAGGAACCUGGACAUCGAGCGUCCAUCCUACACCAACCUCAACAGGCUCAUUAGCCAAAUCGUGUCCUCCAUCACAGCCUCCCUGAGGUUCGACGGAGCCCUGAAUGUGGAUCUGACAGAGUUCCAGACCAACUUGGUGCCCUACCCACGUAUCCAUUUCCCCCUGGCCACCUACGCUCCUGUCAUCUCUGCUGAGAAGGCCUACCACGAGCAGCUUUCCGUGGCGGAAAUUACAAACGCCUGCUUCGAGCCACAAAACCAGAUGGUGAAGUGUGACCCUCGCCACGGCAAGUACAUGGCCUGCUGUCUGCUCUACAGAGGCGAUGUGGUUCCAAAAGACGUCAAUGUUGCCAUCGCUGCCAUCAAGACCAAGCGAAGCAUCCAGUUCGUGGACUGGUGCCCCACUGGCUUCAAGGUUGGCAUCAACUACCAGCCUCCAACCGUGGUGCCCGGUGGAGACCUGGCCAAGGUGCAGAGGGCCGUGUGCAUGUUGAGCAACACCACCGCCAUCGCCGAGGCCUGGGCUCGCCUGGACCACAAGUUCGACCUGAUGUAUGCCAAGAGGGCCUUCGUGCACUGGUACGUGGGAGAGGGCAUGGAGGAGGGCGAGUUCUCUGAGGCCAGAGAAGACAUGGCCGCCCUGGAGAAGGACUACGAGGAGGUGGGCAUCGACUCCUUCGAGGAGGACGAAGAGUUUGAGGAGUACUAGAAUGCCAAAGGAGUUCUUAGAAUGCUAAAGGACUCCUUUUAGAAUGUUAAAUGUUCAGGGGUGUCAUAGUGGGUUGGUGGGGGAAGGGAUCUGUUACCAGGGCCCCUAGUAUAAAAGUAUAAAACAGGGCCCAUGACAACGGUGUGUACUUGAGUUUGGCUCAUAUGAUAAGCUUGUACAUAGGGCUCAGGAAUUGGUGCUACGCCCCCUUCUGACUUUCUCUCUGUUUUUCUUUCAUUUACAUGACCUUGCAUGGUCUUUAAAUACACCUGGAAUUUGUUGUUUUAAUAUGUAUUUUUCAUUCAAAUAAAGUAUACAGGGCUUACAUGCCUGUUACAAGCUA